GGGAAGCCGGUUCGUUCCUCAAAGAUUGGAACAAAGAUGGACAGUUAAGAAAAGUAUUGAGCACCUGCAAGGAAAGAAAAAACAGUAUGACACUAAAUACCAGCUUUCUCAGACACGUUUUUCUGUACAAGUGUCUGUUUGCAUUAACUUUGGGGGAUCAUGUCAGCCUGUCUGUAGAAGAUGAACUCUUUACAUCUGUUUCCAACAAUUUUCCAGAAGAUGAUUCUAAUCAAAAAAACACGAGUCUGCCACUCCAGUAUACAAAGAGUCAUCAGCCCAGUUGGGUUGUGAUACAAAAUACUACAGAAAGCCUGUCAUUGUCAGAAAUCAAACGUAACGAUGCAAAAAAGUUGAUAGCUUUGUUAUCUAAUUUCAGACAAGGAUCCAGGUUACAAAAUCUGACAUUGGCAAAUGUGUCAGUGGAGUGGAAUGAUCUAAUGGAGAUUUUUCAGACUGUAUGGCACUCAUCCGUUGAAUACUUCAAUACAUACAAUGUAACACAACUGUCAGACGUUGAAAGUUAUGACUUUGACUACUCAGGUACUUCUAUGAAAGCAUUGACAAUGAAGAAGAUGAUAAUCACGGACAUGUACUUCACACAGGAUGACCUGUACAAAAUAUUUGCUGACAUGAAUAUUGAAGACAUGACAAUAGCUGAUUCAGAAAUGAUUCAUAUGCUUUGUCCUUCAUAUAAGAGUCCCUUUAGAUACCUAAAUUUUUUAAAGAAUGAUUUAACAGAUUUUCUUUUUCAAAAAUGUGAUAACCUACUUCAGCUGGAGACAUUAAUCCCUGUUCUGGGCUAA